GCUAGCUAGUGUGCUAGCCUGUGUGCUAGCCUGUGUGCUAGCUUGUGUGCUAGCGUGUGUGGAUGGGGUAAGUGGCUGCGGAGCAGAAAGAAAACAUGGACGAUGACGAAGAUCUUGACGAACUUUUGGACGAAGUAGAAAAAAAGUUUUGUCGCAACGUUUCUGUCGCGUCGUCAACUCGAGGGGGGGGCGGGAGCGAGGCCGGAGGAGCGAGGAGGCUCAGUGCCAUAAAACCUGUCGUGCAGAGAAGCAGCAUCACUGAGGAUAUCGAUGCUCUUCUGGAAGAGUUAGUGGAGGAUGACCACGGAGAUUUCCACCAAUCACAGAGAGAAAAACUCCCUAAAGAACCACGAGUGGAAGCGAAGCCUCCGUCUGGAGGGAGAAAGUGCUGUCCUGUGUUCAUGGGCGGAAGCUCUGUUACAAAUGGCGUCGGAACAGCCACAUCCAAGAGGGCCUGUGACCGGCUGAGGUGUAUAUCCUGUGACUUCAGGGUGCUGAUGUUUGAUGACUGUGAGUGGGACUUGUCCUGUGAUUACCUGUUCCUCAGGAACAACGUGCCGGACCGUCAGAAGCUCCGAGCCAAACUGAAGAAGAGGAGAGGUUUCCGGGCUUACGCCUGCCAGUGCAGCUGGUUCUCCUCGUCCUCCUCCUCAGAGCCGACAGACCUCGGGCUUCACCCUCAGCUCAGAUGGGUCUGUGGAAAACACCAGGACUGACGAUCAACUGUUAGAAACUGGAACGAAACCCGAAAGAAGAACAGUCUGUCCCAAUGAAUCUGUAAAGUGUCAGUUGAUUUUGUACAGUGUGCGUUUGCAUUGUUCAGUACUGACUCAGCGCUGGAUCAGGCGCCUCUGAACAGAAGAGUGAUGGACUGAGAGAAGAACACAGGCUGACAGAAGUGUGACUCAGUCUCGGACAGCAGGUUCACUGAGGAGGAGGAGGAGGAAGAGGAGGAGGAAGAACGUGAAAACAACAGCAGGGGAGGGAAGACUGAAGUGUCGGCUGUUGGCUCCUUCUGCCGGAGUCUGUUCCAGAAGAAAACUGAAAGGAGCAGGCCAGUGAACUGCACAGCUCCAGUGUUGUGUCAUUAGAUAUUCAAAUCAUUUAAAUUAGACUUGUAGAAUAAUAAACACGAGGCUGACUUAA